AUGGCUACAACAUGCCCCUUCACCGGGUAUCGCCAAGUGGAUUCCUUUGGUCCCGAUGAAGAAUAUUCAUCAGACAACGAAGAAUUCUAUGUCACGCUUGAUCUCGGCACUGUCGAGCCAACCCUACUUCCCAGCAGCUCAACCUAUAGGCUUGUAGGCUUGGAUACGCCUACGCCAUUUCUGCAGCUUUCUGGCUCCUUCUUCAGGGGUCGGCAUGAUACGCUCCUCGGUUCGGAGCUUUUGUUCACGGAAGGAAAAAAUGAUUCCGAAAGAAAUACGCGAGCUGUAACGCACGUCGGCGUUACUGAACGACGAAUCCGAUUCAAGGAGGUUCAGCUACGGCAGAAGGCCAGUGAACAAUCGGAAGGGGCUCCUGCUGUCGGUGCGAACUCUUUUCACCAUGAAGCACUUGCGGAAAAUUCCGGUCAUUCACUUGGACGCAUGACUGGGAGCGUCGCAGAGCCUCGAUCUCGAAAACGCAACAAACGACGUAACAAGGGGAAGGAGAAGGAGACAUCCCCUCAAGAGGAGGUGAGAGACGAUGCUAUGGAUACCACUUAG